GUUUCCUGAGGAGGAAGAAGCAAAAAGAGGAAGAGGAGGAAAAGAGGAGAACCAGCAGCUGGUUCCGUAUUUUUAUUGGUUUUAACCCAGUCGUUCUGAUCAUGGCGCCUUUGGACCUCGAUAAAUACGUAGAAAUAGCGAAACAUUGCAAAUAUUUACCGGAGAAUGACCUGAAGAGAUUAUGUGAUUAUGUUUGUGAUUUGUUGCUGGAAGAAUCCAACGUUCAGCCUGUGGCCACGCCAGUGACGGUCUGUGGAGACAUUCACGGUCAGUUUUAUGAUCUGUGUGAACUGUUCAGAACAGGAGGCCAGGUUCCUGACACCAACUAUAUCUUUAUGGGGGACUUUGUGGACCGAGGGUACUACAGUUUGGAGACCUUUACGUACCUGCUGGCUCUGAAGGCCAAGUGGCCCGAUCGGAUCACGCUCCUGCGAGGGAACCACGAGAGCAGACAGAUCACUCAGGUCUACGGUUUCUACGAUGAGUGUCAGACUAAAUAUGGAAACGCCAACGCCUGGAGGUACUGCACCAAGGUGUUCGACAUGCUGACUGUGGCUGCG